AUGAAACUAAAUGUCGACGGGUCCGCUAAGGGAAAUCCUGGUUUCUCAGGAGGAGGAGGAAUUUGUAGAAAGGAAGAUGGCUCAUUCAUCUUCGCUUUCUCUGCAGGUUAUGGGUAUGGUACUAAUAAUAGUGCAGAAUUACGUGCAAUCUAUGAUGGUUUAGAGUUAUGUCUUCUUAAAGGGAUCAACAGGAUAAUGGUAGAAUCGGAUUCAAAGCUGGUGAUUGCCAUUCUUGUAGAUAUUUACUGCAUUGCUUCUUUGCGGAUCGACUGCGGAUCUAGAAGCUACAUUGACAGCAACGGCAUAAGUUGGGAAUAUGACAAUCUUUUUAUCUACCCGGGCAACAACAGCCAAGUCCUCACAAAUACGACGAUAGCAAGCCAACAGAUGAGUACGCUCCGGUUCUUCCCUGAUCGGAACAAGAACUGCUACAUCCUGCCUGUGUUUGCCUAUCAGAAAUAUCUCCUUCGGGCCGGCUUUUACUAUGGGAAUUAUGACGGCCAGUCGAAGCCACCCACCUUUGAUCUACAGUUUGAUGGAAACCUGUGGGCCACUGUCACUACUUCCCUUGAUGAGCCCAGUUUCUUCGAAGUGAUCAUGAUACCCACGAGGCAAAACGUCAGCAUCUGUUUGGCCCGCACGGUCGAUGGUGGGGUCCCCUUCAUCUCUUCUUUGGAAAGUCUGUACCUUGGUAUGAACAUGUACGGCUGGAUGCUGGGUAACCAGGUCUUAUUCAAGGAAUACAGGUUGAACUUUGGAGCAACAGAAAUGGUCAGGUACCCAGAUGAUGAAUACGACCGUUUCUGGGACCCAGCCAUUCCGACUGGUUAUAAAACUGUUACUGCAGAUUAUCCAUCCCUUAAUCAGUCCGUUGAUGAUGAUCCACCUCUGACUGUGAUCAAAACUGCGAUAGAAGCCCCAUCUCCAUCGGAUAAGAUCAUCCUAUCGUUCCCAGUCCCGCAGCAACGGUCCAUAUAUGUCACACUCUAUUUCACAGAAGUUCGAAAGUUUGGGCCUGAUCAGAAUAGAACAUUUGAGGUAUACUUAACUGGUAAGUACUUCUCUCCAGUUCUCUCUCCCCGCUACCAGAUGUGCGAAGAGAUCAGCUGGAAUGCAGAUGGAUGGUUCAAUCAGACCGUCGGAUGGUUCAAUGUGACCCUUUCUCCCUUGAAUGAUUCAAAUUUGCCUCCGAUCAUCAGCGCCAUGGAGCUGUUCACUGUGAAAGAAUAUCAGCUAGAAAGCACAUCCCAAGAUGAUUAUUUGUGCGAACUCCUCCCAAUUCUCCCGCAGAAGAUCUCGGUUCUGCUUUGGAAGGCCAUCAAAAGUGCGAUCCCAGUGGAGGAUGUGAUUCAGACCAAGGGGAUCCAUUUGGCUUCUCAAUGCGUCUAUUGUGACGGAAUCGCUGCUCAGGGGCCUGCGUCGGAAUCGGUUGAUCAUGUUUUCAUCACUAGCCCAAGGGCGAGAAUGCUGUGGAUCCUGUUUGGGACCAUCUUUGGUUUGGGCUCGUUGGGGGGUUCCACGGUGAUUAAUAAGUUGUCCUGGUGGUGGAGCAGCCCCUCUCCUCGGGGCUAG